AAUCGAAUUUCAGUUCGAACCGCUACAAAAUGGGGAACGAACGUGCGUGGCAGCACCACAAUAACCAUUCUCCCCCCACCCCUGUUUCCCCUCUCUCCCACACAAUCACAACACACUCCUCCACCAAACGGAGGAGGAAAGAGAGAGAGAGAGAGAGAGGCAGGAGAAGCUCCGCGACGGACAUGGCCUCCAUCCCCAGAUCUCGCGGCGGAUCCGGCGGCAAGAUCCUCCGCCCCCGGCGUUCCCGCCGCCCCGCCACCCCCUACGACCGCCCCGCCCCCGUCACCGACCCCACCCCGACCCCGACUCGCCCCCUCGAAACCCUAACUGGCUCUCCAAGCUCAUCCUCUCCCCCUCGCCUCAUUGCCUCCGGCGCCGGCAAGGUCAUCUCCUCCGUCUUCGGCCCCGAGUCCUCCUCCUCCUCCUCCUCCUCCUCCGGCGCUGCCUCCGAUUCUGAUGAUGAUAUUGAGUCUAACGACAAUGACCUUGGCGCCUCUUCCCUUGGGGCCAUCGAAUUGCAUAAGGAGAAUCUGUCAUCAGAAAUGAUAGAACCAAGGACGGAGGCCCCAGUAAAUGUGGGAAAGGUUGGAGCAAAAUACUUAAUUGAGAAGUUAAUUUUGCAGGAGACUUUCUCUCGGGAAGAAUAUGACAGAUUAACUAGCAUCAUCAAAUCUAGAGUAGUGGAAGCUCCCAUCAGCUUAGAUGGAGAGGGUAGGCAGAUGAGUGUUCACAACAGAGCAAACUCUGGAGAUGUAGACAUGCCUUAUCUAUGCAGUACAGCUGUUGUGGAAGCAAAGAAAUGGUUGCAGGAGAGGAAAUUGGGAUCAAAUUCAGAGUUGGAUCUGGAUAAUGCAACCCCCAGUGUAAACCCUAGUUGGUCAUCACAUGUUAUUGAAGGCGAAACUGGCUCACCAGUGGAUGUAGCCAAGUCAUAUAUGAGUGCACGUCCUCCAUGGGCCUCUCCAUGCUUUAAUACUGCUGAGCAAAGAUGUGCCUCGCCAGUGAGGAUGCAGUUUUCCAAGGAAGAUACACUGUUUUCAAUAGGUGGAAACUCCUUAUCCCCAUCAAAGCUUCAGCUGAAAAGGGAUUCACCUAUCAGUGGAUCAUGGAACAUUUCAGAGGAAAUAAGGAAGGUGCGAUCAAAGGCAACAGAAGAAUUGCUAAAGGCUUCAUCUUCCAAAAGAGUUGAUUUUGGAUCCACUCUGAGGGAAACAUCCUUGACAAAAAUUGAUUGGUCUGGAUCUGGACAUGAAAGCAGUCAUAGCUCAUUUUUGGGCAGUAACCUAGCAGAUGUCGUGGGAGAGAGAAUGUCUGGCUCUGCAUUAUUGGUUGAUGCAUCUUUGGAGCUGCCUGACCCACAAGCUGCUUGUCAGCCAUCAGCAACAGCACAAGAUGAUCUGCAAGAGAGAGUGUCACCUUCUCCUCCUGCUUUAAUUUCUGAACAGAUUAAGGAUUUGGAAGGAGAUCUGGCCAUGACUGAAGGAAAAGGAGGUCUGCAGGACCGCUCAAGAGAUACUGAGACUGUUCUAGAUAGUGGUGCUGGUUGUACUGGUGUUCGUGAUGGUCCCAAGGACAUCAAUGGAUUUAGUCAGCAAGAUGGUGGUUCAAUGAGGAUGAGCAUACCUGAAGCGGCUCAAACUGGAGGUUCAGUGGAUGCAAAUGGUUUCCCUGCUUCUGGAGCAAGCUUGUCAGCUGGGUUGGAACCAGAACAUGAAAAUCAUAGGUCGUACGAUGAGGAGAUUACACCUGUUGGACCGAGCAUUCCUACGUCUCCCCAUGCGGAGGAGACGUGUGAGCUCCUCAGUGAAACUUCUAUUGAGGUCCCAAAUGUAAACGAGAGUUGCGAGAUUGAUGGUGUUGCCACUGGCUCCCAAAACAAUGCUAACAUGCAGUAUGAGGAAUUCUCUCAGGACCUUACUCAACCACAUGAAAAAUACAGUGGCACAGGUAAGAGACGCAUUGUGAAUGAGAAACAAGAAGGAAGAAAGCAACCCAGAUACAGCAGGAGGGGCAGAGGACGGGGAAAACAAAAUUAAGUCGUGAACUUGUAUUUAGCUUUUUUUAUUGUUGUAAUUUAGAUUAAGGGCACUGAAUGGUAGGAUAGGUUAAUACCGGGCAGCCCUUUUUCAAGUUGUCUGCUCUGUGAGCAGAUCUUUGUGAUCUUUUUCUCUUUUUAGUCCGUAUUUUGUCCCUGUUGGGGCUCUCCAAAUUGGCCUGUUUCUUUUUUCGCUGCCGCUGGGUAGAGAGGUUCAGUAGGGAAGAAAUGUUUCCACUUCAUAAAUUUUAUAGAAGAGGCGUUGCAAAAUGUUAA